GGAACCCGGGAGGCGCCGGAGCGACACCUGCCAGGCGGAUCGGGACCCCGCGGGUGCUUCCCACGCCCCACCCGCUUUCUGCUCCUGGGUUGCCGGGGUCCAGACCCGGAGGGGGGCGUCGGUGGGGAAAGACCCGCUCCCAAGUCGUGAAGAAGGGAUCGCGCGCACCGAGUUGCGGGGCGGCAGGCGGGAGCCAGUCGGUGGGGUGGGGGGCGAUCCCGGCCCCCCGAGGUCAGCGGCGCGGAAGAUUUGCAAGCCAUGGCCCCUCUGGAGGCUACGCCGGCUUGAGCUGGGGAGGAGGGAAGGAUCGCGCGACCUGUCUCCCGGGAUGACCAGAUCAGCCUUCAGCAUGGUGGGCCUGCCAGCGGUUAUCUUUCUCCUGUGGGCUGUGGAAGGUGUGAUACCUUCCAGUUCCCACUGGAAGCCCACCUGGCCAUCUUACAAAGUUCCAGUCGUUGUGCCACAAUUGACUGUUAAGUUGGACAAGCCGCAGUUUGACGCAGAAGCCAAAUUGGAAGUGGUGUCACCAUGCGGUCCACCUUGCCACAAGCGUUCCCCGUUGCCUACUUACGAAGAGGUGAAAGAUUAUCUUUCUUACGAAACUUUGUACGCCAAUGGUUCCCGCACCGAGACGGAAGUCGGCAUCUACGUCGUUACUAGCGGUAGUGCAGGGGCGCAAAGCAGAUCUCGAACAAAGAGGCAAGUCUAUGGAUAUGACACCAGAUUUAGUAUUUUUGGCAAGGACUUCUUGCUCAACUACCCCUUUUCCACUUCUGUGAAGUUGUCCACCGGUUGCACUGGAACGCUGGUGGCGGAGAAGCAUGUCCUCACGGCCGCCCACUGCAUUCACGAUGGCAAGAGUUAUGUCAAGGGAGCGAAAAAACUACGAGUGGGGUUUCUGAGACCCAAGCUGAAAGACGGCAGCAAGGGAGCGAAUAUCAGCAGCUCCUCUGAGUCCGAGAGAAUGAAAUUCCAGUGGAUCCGCGUGAAACGAACCCAUGUUCCCAAAGGGUGGAUAAAAGGAAAUGCCAACGACAUUGGCAUGGAUUACGACUAUGCCCUGUUGGAACUCAAGAAGCCCCACAAGAGAAAGUUCAUGAAAAUAGGCGUGAGUCCAUCAGCAAGACAGCUGCCCGGAGGAAGGAUUCAUUUCUCAGGAUACGACAACGAUCGGCCCGGAAACCUGGUCUACCGUUUCUGCGACGUCAAAGACGAGACCUUUGACCUCUUGUAUCAGCAGUGUGAUGCCCAGCCAGGAGCCAGCGGUUCUGGGGUUUACGUGCGGAUGUGGAAGAGACAGAACCACAGAUGGGAACGUAAAAUCAUUGGGAUAUUUUCGGGACACCAGUGGGUGGACAACAAUGGCUCCCCCCAGGACUUCAACGUGGCUGUCCGCAUCACGCCCCUGAAAUACGCACAGAUUUGUUAUUGGAUCAAAGGCAACUAUAUGGACUGUCGGGAUGGGUAAAGACAGCGGACAUCCCAGAAGGGCCUUGACUGCUUCUCUUCUCUAUAUUGCCACUGUGCAUGAGUCUGUUUUAAUAAAUACCUGGAUGCGGGGAUGAA